AUGAUUGAAAGAAGAGUGGCAUUAGAAGCAACGACCACUUUAGUAAGUAUUAAAGAGAAAGAAGCUAUGAUCUCUCUUCAAGUUCAAGAAUUCCAAAAAAACGAUGAUAAUGAUUUAGGGAAUUAUCUUGACGAUGCUGUGAGCUGCAGUACCUCUCAGGCAGAUACAGACGAAGCAGGAGGAUUACCAAUUCAAUUGCGUCAAUACUUAACACGCCUGUCUGUAAAUCGAAAGCACAAUCCCAAUCCAUUCGUUGUUUGGGAGUUAAUGAAACACGAAUAUCCAUACUUAUGGAACGUUACUAAAAAGUUUUUACCGAUUGUAACAACCUCUGUACCUUCUGGAAGGUUGUUUUCGCAUGCCGGUCUUAUUGCAAAUUAA